AUGUCACUCUCAUUGAACAAUCCCAAUGGCUCCUCAUCGGACCCCUGGCAACAAACUGACGACGUAAACCGAUUCACGCGAGCCCUCUCAUUCAUCGCCCAGAAAGAAGAAAAUCUCACACUUCGAGACCUCGUUGAUGCGGACGGGAUCGCCAACCUGCAGAAGACGGCUCAGAAGCCUUAUGGGAGAUACAUAGCACAAGCCUUCUCAAGCAACAUGCGCAUUGACGUCGACAAAGCAACUCCCAACACCACCCUGACAGACGCCCCAUGGACACCACCGUCUUCCAACUCCACCCCAAAACGGAACUUCCGUCUAGCAACAUCGGCGUCGCAACCAAAUACGCCAAAGCCCCGCGAUGCACCGCUCCCAACCUUACCCGCCACCUUGACGCAGACCGGCGCAGGAGCGCAUACCAGGAUGGUACGAAACAGAGGUCCGAAAAUCACGUCACAAGUCAUGUUAGGCUUCAUGGCCGCCGAUGCGAUUCUGACAAAGCUACUGCUGCGCACGAAGGAACUGCUACCACACGAAUCAUACUCCAUUGCGGGGCGCGCAAUAUCGGUAGCGAACGGGAAUGUAUUGGUAUCUGCGGUUAUGUACGCACCCACCCCGGAUCUUUACGGCUACGAUCAAAAUCACGUCAUAUACAAGCGAGAGGUUCCAACUGGCUACUAUAGUUGA